AGGGGCAGGAUCCAAAAGCGGUAGAUCGAUAUUGAAGAUGGAAGACGCAGCGACGCCCACUGUGAUAACGUCUACCAGCAGCAUCGCGGAAAACUUUUACACCUCUACUCUGGCUUACGACAGGCACUUUUUUCGUACUGCUUCGGGGCUCCUCAUUUUCGCAGAAAUAGUAAGUAGUCAAGUUUCAAGUUUCAAGCUCUAGGCUACGGGAUACGCAUGGUAUACGUCGUCCAAAUAAAUGCUUACUUGCAGGUUCCUUCUCGACAAUGCAAUAACAAUGACACAUAAUAAAAUAUAAGAAUACGAACAUAAAUUAAAUGGCUCAGUAGAACUGAAUAAACAUUUUUUAGUAGCAUAAGUAUUAUUCAAGAAGGCACAUUUUAUUGUCCAAUAUUUACACGUUUAUUGGAGAAGGGGGGGAUGGGGGUCAGUGUAUAAACUGAGCAGUAUUAUAAGAGUCUGGUAGCAGCAGUUGUGAUGUGUGUGUAGCAUGAAUGUAAAUGUGUGUGUGUGUGUGUGUGUGUGUGUGUGUGUGUGUGUGUGUGUGUGUGUGUGUGUGUGUGUGUGUGUGUGUGUGUGUGUGUGUGUGUGUGUGUCUGUGUGGGUGUGUACAUGAGAGAGUGUGUGUGUGCUAAGGUGAGGAGAAUCAGAGCAGGUGGUCAGUCCAGUUCAAUUGUUCAGCAGUCUGAUGGCCCAAAUCUAACUGCCUGUAGUUCAGGACCUGAAGCAAGGAUAUGCAUAUUCUUGAUUCUAUUUGAAAGGAAACACUUUGAAGUUUGUGGAAAUGUGAAAUUAAUGUAGGAGAAUAUAACACAUUCGAUCUGGUAAAAGAUAAUACAAACAGUUCCAUCAUCUUUGAAAUGCAAGAGAAAGGCCACAAUAUAAUAUUGCAGUUUAGGCGCAAUUUAGUUUUUAGCCACUUGAUGGCAGCAGUGUGUGUGUGCAAAGUUUCAGAUUUAUCCAGUGAAGCAUUGCAAUACUGGACUAUUUUGUAUGAAGUCUGCCCAAAUGUGCUGAAUUGGUCAAUUGACACAUUUUCAAGUACAUAACUAUAGAGAACAUACAAAAAUGAUAUGGUAAUACAACAUUUAAGUUUACACACUCCACAAUCCAUACAUGAUGGAUCAUUAGUUUAUAUACUAACUUUCAUACAUCUAGAUGGCCGGGCGGGGUGGGUGCUGUCUUCACUACCCGCUGGAGGGACUUGCGUUCAUAGACAGAGCAAUUCCCGUACCAGGCCGUGAUGCAACCGGUCAGGACGUUCUUGAUGGUGCAGGGCCAGUAUUUGGAGAGGACCUGGGGCGGCAUGCUGUUGUGUCCUCUUGACAAGAGUGGUGGUGUUGUUGGUUCAUUACACGUCCUCGGUGAUGUGGAUUCUGAGGAACUUAAAACUAGUGACUCUCUCUGCUGCAGUCCGGUUGAUGUGGAUCGGGGCAUGUUCCCACCUCUGCUUCCUGAAGUUAAAAAUCAACUCCUUUGUUUUGCUGACUUUGAGGGAGAGGUUGUUGUCAUGACACCACAAUGCCAGUUUACUUACCUCCUCCCUAUAGGCUGACUCGUUGUUGUUGGUAAUCAGGCCUACAACCGUGUUGUCGUCAGCAAAGUUGAUGAGGGAGUUGGUGUCGUGCAAAGCCACGCAGUUGUGGGUGAACAGGGAGUACAGCAGAGAACUGAGGACUCACCCCUGGGGGGCCCCUGAGUUAAGAGUCAGUGUGGAGGAGGUGUUGUUGCCAAUCCUCACAGCCUGUUGUCUGCCCCUCAGGAAGUCCAGGAUCCAGUUGCAGAGGGUGAUAUCCUAACUGCGACACAAACAUAUUGGUGUCCACGUUUGAUACAAUAAUUUAUUGAAAUCAGUAUGUCAGUGGCUUUCACCAUCUUUCACACAAUAGCUGCCAUCAGAAUUAAUGGAGGGAAUCAGUACUGCUUUGUUGAUUAAACAAAUUAAACACAUUAUGAUGAUCAGACAUUUUGUAUUGUUCAUACCUUGUAUCACAUGGCUAAUUGUACCCUUAUGAUAGGGGCACAAUUAGUUCUGAUAAAGGGAAGAGUUUGCCAUUUGCUGAAUCCCAGUACUUUUAUACAGAUUUGCAAAUUGUUCAACCUGUAUAUUUUAUAUGCAUUUUAUACACAUUUUGCAUAGGCUGCUUGGCCUGUAUGACAGUUUUUCACAGACGGUGACGUGACAUCGUAUUGAACACUGCACUAAACUGAAGGUUCAAUUAUUUAAAAAUGUUCAAGGAACUAUAACUGGAGAAAAUGAACAUAAUGUCAACCUACUUCCUGUAAUAUAGACUACUUCCUGUAAUAUAGACUACUUUCUAUAAUAUAGGCUUCUUCCUGUAAAAUAGGCUACUUCCUGUAAUAUAGGCUACUUCCUGUAAAAUAAGCUACAGUACUUCUUCUAAUAUAUGCUAGUAAUAUAGGCUACUUCCUAUAAAAUAAGCUACUUCUUCUAAUAUAUGCUAGUAAUAUAGGUGAAUUUCUGUAACAUAGGCUACUUUCUGUAAUUUAGACUACUUUCUGUAACAUAGGCUACUUUCUGUGUAGACAGACAAUGGGUCUCAGUACAGUGUUUUAUUUUCUCUGGAAAGGGAAGUUGUUUAAAAACAAGGUCAGUUUCAUUGUCCCUUUUCCUUCCAGCAUCAGGGGAGAAUGUGACCAAAAGUCUCCUCUUCCACGUAGGCUAGACAGUCUUUUUUCCUGUGACACGAAGCAACCAAUGAAACAUUAUUUUAUUUUAAUAACAGGAAGGUAGGUUUGGAGUGCAACAGAGGACAAAACUUCCCAUUAUUUACAGUAGCACGCAUUAUAACAAACUGCAUCUAUAGAUUUAUCAUAAUCAAUGUGUUACGACAUUCUUUCAGAAUGCUGUCAGAUCAGAUAGGUGUCAGUCAGCUGUGGGGUUAGUUUCUGUUCCAGAAAUACAAACUAUGAAAAACCACUUGGCAAUUAUGUUUUAUAUAGCUGUUGUACUGUUUUAGAUGAGAGCUUGCAGGUAAACAGAGCACUCUACAAUUCAAUGGAUCCUGUGCAUAUGCCAAUAAACUGUUAUUUGAUUUGCCUUAGGCUAUAUUAUUUCCUUUCAUUGUAAUCUCUUUCUACAGUAUGCCAUCAAGAUAAGCACAGCAAAUGCAUUUAAAUACACGAUAAAGUAGACACCACCAGAGCACAGCUAUCACUGACAAUGUGGCACCCCCCAAAUGUGGCACAUUGUUGCACAUCCCAAAUGGCACCCUAUUCCCUAUAUAGUGCACUACUUUUCACUAGAGCUAUAUGAGCCCUGUUCAAAAGUAGUGCACUAUAAAGGGAAUAGGGUGCCAUUUGGAAUGCUGGCUAUGUGCUUCCCUGUCCCCUCAGGUGUUUGGUCUGCUGGUAUGGAUGCUGAUAGCGGGGACAAACUACUUCCGUGUGUCUGCCUUUGGGUGGGUCAUGUUUGUGGCCAUCUUGUACUGGGUCCUGACAGUCAUCUUCCUCAUCAUCUACCUGACCAUGGCUUACAACAGGAUCCCUCAGGUCCCCUGGACAGCUGUGGUACGACACAUACUACGACACAUAAUACAACAGCACAUUAUCUGACCAACUUGAAACUUGAGUGAUUGGGGUUGUUUAUUAUAUAUCUAGUGAUUGAAUAAUUGUGGAAUAUUUACGUAACUCAAAAGUAAUGGAGUGAACUGCCUGGAUGGUUUUGGGGAAGAGAGGAUUUUUGUGUGCUCCUGACCAUGUCUUUAUGAAUGUGAUCAAAUGAAGCCAUUCUAUAAUGUGUACUAGCCUACAGUAUCUGAAUCAGCCAGCCAGGAAUCCUGUUGUUGUCAUUCCACAGGACCUGUUCUUCAACAGUAGUGCUACAGUGAUGUCUGUGGUUGUUCUAACAGGGGCCUGUUCUUCAACAGUAGUGCUACAGUGAUGUAUGUGGUGUUCUACAGGACCUGUUCUUCAACAGUAGUGCUACAGUGAUGUAUGUGGUGUUCUACAGGACCUGUUCUUCAACAGUAGUGCUACAGUGAUGUAUGUGGUGAUGUCCACAGAGACCUGUUCUUCAACAGUAGUGCUACAGUGAGGUAUGUGGGGUUUACACAGGGCCGGUUCUCAACAGGAGUGCUACAGUGAUGUAUGUGGGGUCUACAGGGCCUGUUCUUCAACAGUUUAGUGCUACAGUGAUGUAUGUGGUGUUCUACAGGGCCAGUUCUUCAACAGUAGUUGCUACAGUGAUGUAUGUGGUGUUAUACAGGCUGUUCUUCAACAGUAGUGCUACAGGGAUGUAUGUGGUGUUCUAAAGGGCAUGUCUUCAACAGUAGUGCUAUAGGAUUGUAGUGGUGUUCACAGGGCCGUUCUUCAACGUAGUGCUAGUGAUGUAUGUGGUGUGGUUUACAGGGCUGUUCUUCAAAGUAGUGCUACAGUGAUGUAUGUGGUGUUGUCUACAGGGCCUGUUCUUCAACAGUAGUGCUACAGUGAUGUAUGUGUGUUCUACGGGCCUGUUAUCAACAGUAGUGCUACAAGGAUGUAUGUGGUGUUUCUACAGGGCCUGUUCUUCAACAGUAGUGCUACAGUGAUGUAUGUGGUGGCAGCAGCAGUGGAUGCAGCCUCAAUCAGCCAUGCUGUUAAAGGGCGCCAUAACUACAACUGCUGGGUAGCAUCCACGGUAAGAAAACCACCUCAGACCACCCAGACAUACAUUUAAAUCAAGCCAACUGUGAAAAUAUACCACAAAUAUGACUGAGUAUUUAUGAUCAAAGCGAUAUUAAAAUAUACAAUAUUAAAAUGCAAAUAUAUGCCUACAAGUCAGAUAAGAGAGGUAUGAUGCCACUGUGUACCAUCCCAAUGAUAUCUAUUUGGUCCAUUUAAGCCUGCUCUACUCACACCUACUAUUGUACUGAAUUUCAAUGUUUUCAUCUGUCUGUUUUUCAGUUCUUUGCCUUCCUGGUCACGCUCUGCUAUGCAGGAAGUACGUAUAUAAGUUUUCAAUUGUGGCGAUCGAGGGAUGAGGAACAAUAACCAAUCACAAAGGACAGCUAAAGUAUAUCCGUUAUGGUACAGGAUCUUGAAAAGUACCGAUGGUUAAGUGCAACAACCACUCCUUCCCUUUGGAAUACAUUUCUCUUUGAUUUAAUUUCUGUUAUUUUGGAAUUGUGGUGUGUUUCAUCUGUUGGAUUGACAGAGCCUGAACCCCAGGGAUGUUUGUACUUCUUAUGAACUCAAAUGUUUUUUAAACAUUUGGAUGAAAAUGACUGAAGCUAAUAAAGUGGCUAUUCUAUUGUUCUGAAGCUGGAGAUCAAAGCUUUAACUCCAAUAUUAAAAUGGAUUGGACAGUAAUGUUGUACCACACUAGAUGGUGCUAAGAUACAAGGCUGAGAAACAGGGCUUAUGAAGGACAUUACAGUUAAUUAUCUUUUUGAUUAUUCAAAAAAAGAAUCAUAUACGAAUAAUAUCUUUUACUAAUAGGAGUCAGCGACACUGAACAAAAAUAUAA